ACUUUUGAGCCGGCUGUUAAGCAAAGUAUCGUGAGAAGGAAACGAACACUUAAACGAUAUUGUAACGCAUCCUAUCACGUCCGAGACAAAGUAACGCAAUAUUUAAAUUGAAUCAGCUACCUUUGACGACGGAAUGACCGAGCAUACAGACAAGAAACCAGCCCCAUUACCCAAAGGCUGUGAGCUUCUUGAAGUCCUGCAGUACCAAUGCGAAAUUGGUCCGGCUCAAGUUAUAUGCAAUCCGUUUGUCCGAGUGUUUGCAAGGUGUCAAGGAUCCCCGCUUUAUGAAGUCACGCCAGUCGACCAUGCAGACGACCCUUUAUACUCUACGUUGUAGAAGACCUGAAGACACCUCCUGGGGUAGUCGCCGCUGAAUCGGAGAAGCCAAAGGCUUGAUUGCAAGCAAUUAUGACAUACCAACACCAUCAUGUAUAUACACAGUGAUCGAAUCGCAACGCGCAGACACAGCAAUUAUGACUAUAUACCCCUAAUAGAAUCUAGAAUAAAAAGUUGUGUACAGGACAUUUGGUCCAGCCAUUCUACCGAGCGUAACCUAAGUGAUGACCAGUAGUACGAGCCAAAUAACGCU